AUGCAACAGCAGCAUCCGAAAGACAGGCGGAGUUUUGAUUAUGUGUGGCGCUCAAUGGUGGCUGGCGGUACAGCUGGCUGCGUCGCCAAAACAUCGAUUGCACCAUUCGAUAGGGUAAAGAUUCUGUUCCAGGCGAGUAACCCGGAGUUCAAGAAGUAUGCAGGCUCGUGGACCGGUGUAUUCAAGGCCCUGCGACCGAUUUACAACGAGAAUGGCGUACGAGGGUUGCUUCAAGGCCACAGUGCGACGCUAGCGAGGAUAUUUCCAUAUGCCGCUAUCAAAUGGGCUGCAUACGAGCAAGUUAGACAUUUCUACGCUCCAUCUGAAAGCCAAGUAACACCUCUCUCUGGCUUUUUAUCAGGAUCAACUGCAGGCCUUAUUUCAGUUCUUUGCACUUACCCACUCGAGCUUAUCCGUGUACGCACCGCUUUUAAAACUCGUCACAAGGGUCGCGUGCGAUUAGGUGACGUGAUGCGCGAUAUCUACCACGAAGGUCAACCACCGCCGCCGAAAUCGGCAACUACUGCAAAGUAUAGCAGGAAGUUGCUCAAUAAAGUAUCUGUUCUCAAGUUUUAUCGCGGAUUUAGCAUGACGAUGGUCGGGAUUAUACCUUACGCUGGAACAUCCUUCUUGAUUUUCGAGCAGGCAUCUAAAUCGCAGCAUAUACGCACCCUCUUUACUAGCAAAGGUGCUAGCGAUCUCUUCUGCGGUGGUAUGGCAGGUGCUAUUGGACAGACGGCUGCUUAUCCAUUCGAAGUUAUCAGACGUAGGAUGCAGGUUGGUGGAUUGCUCCAUCCAGACCGAUUCGUAAACUUUAACGAAACCUGCUCACUUAUUUACAAGCAAUCGGGAUACAGAGGAUUCUUUGUUGGGUUGACGAUCGGCUAUCUCAAAGUAAUACCGAUGAACGCCAUCUCAUUCGCGACAUACAAUUUCACAAAGAGACUUUUGUUGAAAGAUAAUUAA